AAUCCCGAGGUCUCUCGCUAGUACUACCAUCAUUUCAUUUCACCCCGUCUCCUUCGCUCCUCCGCUGCCUCUCUCCUUGUCCUUGGCUCCCUCCGCAGUGCCAGCCCAUCCCCGCCGCUGCUCUUCCGCCUCGGAAUGCGCGAUGCAGAGCGCUCGCGGUACCGGCGGCGGGCGAGCGCGGCCUUCCCCGUGCCCCUCCUGCUGCUCGCGCUCGCUCUGCUCGCCGGGGCCGCCAGCGGGCAGGCCCCGCCGGUGCCGCCGGAGCUGAGGGCCGUGGAGGCGCAGCUCACGGCGCUCACCAACGACGUCGCCCAAACCAUCUCCGACCGCUUCAGCUUCUGCGUCUCCGACACGCAGGAGGACUGGAACGGCGCCUUCAACUACACCUCCGACCUCGGCUUCGUCCAGCGCUGCCAAGCCCAAACCAGAGGUGACAUGCCGCAGCGCUUAUGCACGCCGGCAGAAGCAAAAUUCUACUUCACAAGCCUGUAUAACCCGAAAGGGGAGAAGAACCUCUUCCUGGAGACGAACAUCAACUGCGGCAUCUCCGCUUGGUCGCCGGGUUGCGAGCCAGGAUGGGGUUGCUCUGUUGGUCCAAACCCUGUCCCCGCCGACAACAAAACCAUCCCGCUCAGAGCUACCGACUGCCAGGCGUGUUGCGAGGGCUUCUUCUGUCCCCGUGGUCUCACCUGCAUGCUCCCUUGUCCAUUGGGAUCGUACUGUCCGCGUGCCCAAGGGAACUCAACCACUGGUCUUUGUGAUCCAUACAAGUACCAGAUAACUCCAAACUCAACCAACGGGUGCGGUGGCGCUGACAAAUGGGCUGAUUUUGGGAGCACGGAAGAAAUCUUCUGCCCAGCUGGUUACCACUGCCCAAGCACAACGUCGAAAUUGUCCUGUAGCAGUGGGCAUUAUUGCAAAUUGGGUUCUACCAGACAAGAGAAAUGCAUCAUAAAAGGCCAAUGCAAGGAAAAUGAAGAGAACGAAAACAUCAUCAUUUUGGGCGCUUGUUUAGUGGGUGUAAUAGGCGUGCUGCUCUUGGUCGUAUACAACUGCUCAGGUCAGUUCCUCACUAUCCGUGAACGGAGGAAAGCGAGAUCGAGGGAGAACGCGAUUCAGCUUGCUCGGCAGCAGCUCAGGGCUCACCAGGGAUGGAAGGCAGCCAAACAGAUCGCGAGGAAACAUGUAGCCGGUGUGCAGGAUCAUGUGUCGCGCACAUUUUCACGCAGGAGAUCCUUUCGUCAGCAGCCAGAUCUCGAGAAUUCUAGCCACAGGGUGCAGGAAGCGCGCUUGAUGGGUUCGACUGGGCCAAAUGAAAGGUCCGACUCCAUAGUGUUUUCAGCUCAGAACACAAGCGAGAUAUCCGAAGUCAUGCCGUCGGUUGUCAUGGACAUAAGCAACGAUGGAGAAGUUGUUGCCAACAAGGACAAACCGGCACCAAAAGGCAAGCACAGAUCAACUCAGACUCAGAUAUUCAAGUAUGCGUAUGGCGAGAUUGAGUUGGAGAAGGCCAGACAGGAAGAGAACAAAAACAUGUCCUUCACCGGAGUACUCGCCAAGGUGAAGGAGCAACAAAAGGAAAUGACUAGACCUUUGCUAAAGGUUGAGUUCAAGAACCUGACCUUGUCACUUGGAAAAAGGAAGCUGCUGAGGUCUGUCACAGGCGAGCUCCAGCCAGGCCGUGUCACCGCUGUCAUGGGCCCCUCUGGAGCCGGCAAGACCACGUUCCUUAACGCUGUGGCCGGAAAGGUUACUGGUUAUCAAGUGACAGGUUCAGUCCUUGUUAAUGGAGCGCAUGGAAGUAUACGUUCUUACAAGAAGAUCAUUGGCUUUGUGCCUCAAGACGACGUCGUUCAUGGGAACUUAACUGUGGAGGAGAACCUUUGGUUCAGCGCAAAUUGCAGGCUCCCUGCAAGAAUGUCGCACCGUGAUAGGGUUCUCAUUGUGGAGAGGGUUAUAGACUCCCUGGAUCUUCAGGGGGUCAGAAAUUCGGUGGUUGGGACGGUUGAGAAGCGUGGGAUCUCUGGCGGGCAGAGGAAGCGUGUCAAUGUGGGGAUUGAGAUGGUGAUGGAGCCAUCUCUGUUGAUCCUUGAUGAACCAACCUCUGGCUUGGACAGUUCCUCGUCACAACUGCUCCUCAAAGCUCUUCGUCACGAGGCACUUGAAGGGGUGAACAUUUGCGCCGUUGUUCACCAACCGAGCUAUACAUUGUACAACAUGUUUGAUGAUUUGAUACUUCUGGCAAAAGGAGGCCUCAUUGUUUACAAUGGUUCGAUCAAGACCAUUGAGGACUACUUCUCAACUCUUGGAAUUCAUGUCCCCGACCGUGUAAACCCGCCAGACCAUUACAUUGACAUUCUUGAAGGCAUUGUGAAGCCUGAGUCAGGUAUUAAUGCGAAGCAUUUACCAGUGCACUGGAUGCUGUACAAUGGCUACGAAGUGCCAAGUGACAUGAAAGAUGAUCUCAGGGCAAUGGGUGAACAAGGCCCGGACGUCGAUAUCAAUCGUUCAAUGUCUGGAUCAACCCCUCAUUGCCUCCCCGGCGUAAGUAAUGCUUUUGCACAAGAACGCAACCGUCUUGAGCACCGUUUGUCGAAACCUAGUGAUCUGUCCAGCAGAAGAACACCAGGAAUCCUAAAGCAGUACAAGUUCUUCCUGGGAAGAGUUACGAAACAGCGGCUUCGUGAAGGUAGACUGCUUGGGGUUGAUUUCCUGAUACUAGGUCUAGCUGGGAUCUGCUUGGGGACAAUUGCAAAACUCAGUGACCCGACAUUUGGGAUGCCUGGCUAUAUUUACACUAUCAUUGCCGUUUCUCUUCUGUGCAAGAUUGCAGCAUUAAGGUCAUUUUCACUUGAGCGAUUGCAGUACUUGAGGGAAAGAGAAUCUGGGAUGAGCUCAUUGGCAUACUUUCUUGCCAGGGAUACAAUCGAUCAUUUCAGCACAGUUUUAAAGCCAAUCAUUUACCUCUCCAUGUUUUACUACUUCAACAAUCCGAGAUCAUCAAUUGGAGAUAAUUACAUCAUACUCCUCGCACUUGUAUAUUGUGUGACUGGGAUAGGAUACACAUUUGCCAUCUGUUUCAAUCCUGGCUCGGCGCAGCUGUGUUCUGCACUAAUACCUGUUGUUCUGACCUUGUUAUCCACUCAAAGGACUACACCUACAUUUCUGAAGAAUAUGAGCUAUCCAAAGUGGGCACUCGAGGGCUUCAUAAUCGUGAACGCAAAAAGGUAUCCUGGAGUUUGGCUAAUAACUCGCUGCGGCUUGCUGUUCAGGAGUGGUUUCAAUAUUCACAACUACCAUCUCUGUAUUUUGGUUCUGUUCAUGUACGGUCUGUUCUUCAGGAUUGUUGCAUUUGUGUCAAUGAUUCUGCUGAAGAAGAGAUGAGGGGAGUGCAAUUGCACCAUUUUUUUUCUUCAUAUUUAAUCUCUUCAUUUUUUUCCUGUACAUUUGUAAAUAUCUUUUGACAUUCUUUCUUACUGAAAAUUAUAGAAUAGUCACAGAGGGAUGCAAAUAACAGAAUUCAGACACAGAUGUACAAAAGAGUUGACACUAUUGACACCAUAUUCGUUUGCUCACAUUUA